AUGGGACCAAUCAUCAUAAGGGGUGUUGGCUUGCCCCUGAAAACAGACUUUCCUCUAACGUGCUCCUGGAGAGCUUGUUCAACAUACUCUGCAAGUCAUGGACCCCUGUCGAGUAUCCCAGACUGCACCAAACACAAUGGACCAGUCCCCCACUAUGAGGAACUGGUGAGGUCUGGGUUACUUCAUGAGGACAAUCAGCAGAGAGCCGCACUUCAGCAGCUAGAUAAUCUGCAUCGAGAGAUGACAGGCUAUAACAACCUUCCUUUUUCUUUAAGAAAGAGUAAUGACAGUUGCUUAAGUGAAGAGCUCAUGGAAUGUGGUACAGAAAAGGACCAAGAAAAGCCACCUACUCCUCCUGGAUGCUACAUUUAUGGUGGAGUUGGCACUGGAAAAACUAUGCUGAUGGACCUGUUUUUCUCUCAUGUGCAAAUCAGCAGGAAGAAAAGGGUUCAUUUCAACAUGUUCAUGCUAGACAUACACCAAAGGAUCCACCGCCUAAAACAGAAGACGCCAAAACGAAGGUUAGGCGAAACGACAACGUACGACCCCAUCUUCCCAGUUGCCAUGGAGAUCGGUGUGGAAACCUGCCUCUUAUGCCUGGAUGAGUUUCAGGUGGUGGACGUUGCCAGUGCUAUGAUACUGAAGCAGCUUUUCGAGGGCUUGUUCUCAUGUGGUGUGGUGCUGGUGGCCACCUCCAACAGACCUCCAGAAGAACUCUACAAAAACGGACUUCAGAGGGCGGCCUUCGUGCCUUUCAUUGAUGUUCUCAAGGAACACUGCAGCAUUGUAAGUCUGGAUACUGAAGACUACCGCCAGAGGAAGAUGGAACCUGCAGGAAAGCUCUACUACACAUGGAGUGAACCCGAUGCCGAGGCUGCUGUGAAUACGCUCUUCCGUGAAUUGGCUUACAGACAAAAUGAUGUAACCAAGCCGAGAGUUUUAAACGUGCAGGGAAGAGAAGUGAUGCUCAGACGGACCUGUGGAACCAUCGCUGACUGCACAUUUCAGGAGCUCUGUGAUCGACCCUUAGGCGCCGGUGAUUAUUUGGAGAUAGCGCGUCACUUUGACACGCUCAUAAUCCGUAAUGUUCCUAGGCUCAGAGUCGCCCUGAAGGACCAAGCAAGGCGUCUGAUCACACUUAUCGACAUCUUAUAUGACCAAAAGGUAAGGGUGGUGGUGUUAGCUGAGGCCCCCCUGUACCAUCUCUUUGCUGGAGGCUCUCUAUCCGGAGAGGAAGAGCGAGACCUUCUAAUGCUUGAUGAGCUUGGCCUGACCAAUGAAGCUGGGAAGCGUCUAACACUCUUCACAGCUGAAGAAGAAAUAUUUGCCCUGCAGAGGACACUGUCCCGACUCACUGAGAUGCUGUCAAAACAAUACUGGCUUCAGGGAGACCGAAGUCGAAUCUGAUCACCCUGUACCCUUCAAAAGGACAUCAAAACAACAAAUUGAACCUGUCCAUGAA